AGUUUGUUUAUAAACUUUGUGCUGUGCGGAUGUGUGCGCGCUUUUGUCGUCUGGGGAAAUCGCUGGAGAAUCGCUACUUGGAGCUACGAACUUCGAACCCAAAAGCUAGCCGCUCGGCGUUCCGCUCAGCCUCGCCCACCGUCCCGUCGCCGUCGCAGCCGACCACUGCCCGCCCGUCUGCCUACACCCACGCUCGACGAAAAGCUGAGGAAAAGCGCGCGCGCGACAAGUGAAGCGCACAGGUUAUCUGUGCUCAUAUGGGUGAAACAGUGAAGCAGUGUUUGUUUGUGUGAUUUCUUUUGUUUGCUGGCCAAUUGUGGAGCUUAAUUGAAUGCUUGUCUCAUAUGGGCCAACAGGACCACAGGCCGAAAACAACAACAACAGCUUCAGCAAAAGCCUACUCGAGUGUUUCACAACGCCAUAAAAAAGCAUAUAUAUUGAAAAAAAAGAGGAGAAAUACCAAAGCAGCACAUAUACACGAACUAAUCGACAAGAAGAGAAGCUAAGCCAGAAAUACUAUAUAUAUAUAUAUAUACAUAUAUAGCAUAUAAAAAAACCAGUUUCAAGCCGCCGCAGCAGUAGCAGAAGCAGCGCAGUCGCAGCGUUUCAGUCGAGCUCCUGUGACGCAAUCUAAAAAUCAUUAAAGAACUUUGACGCCUAAGUGAAUUCCAAACAAAUCAGCAAACAAGCCAGCGAAUAAAUAAAUCAUUUGAGGCACCCAAUAGCAGAGACAUGCCACCCACCGAACUGAGGAGACUGGUCCUGGGCGUGGUUAUCGCCACCGUGGUCCUGGCGCUCGGAGCUGGAGGAGUCCUGGGCGAGAGCUCGUCCACCUGCGGACCCAACUUCCCGGCGGCUUGCAGCUGCGGCAGGGAGUUGUACGAGAGCGAGACGCAGUACGUGGUGAACUGCACGAACGCCGGACUGCGGAACACCAGUGUGCUGGAGUUCAUGCCCGACCAGGUGGAGGUGCUCAUCUUCACGGGCAACCGCAUCGCCGAGCUGCCGUGGAAUGUCUUCGGCAGCAUCAACGACUACAAGCAGCUGCGCAUCGUGGACAUGAGCAGCAACCACAUCCGCGAGAUUCGCGGCAAGAGCUACCACCAUGUGCCGCGCGUGGAGCGACUGAUCCUCAACCACAACAAUCUGAGCAUCUCGCGGUUCGACGACGAGGUGAACCACCACCAUCCGCGCGUCUUCUCGAACUUCAUAAACCUGCAGAGUCUGCACCUGACCGAUGCCUUCGAGGACAACAGUUCGCCGCAGCUGAGCGAGGAUCUGCACGACAUCUUCGUGAACAGCCAGCUGGUGAAGCUGCAGAAGCUGCAUCUAGAGCAGAACGAGAUCACGCACUUCAAGGACCGCAACGUCUUCUGCGACCUGCCCUCGCUGCGCGACCUCCACCUGGGCGACAACGAGCUGCGCGACCUCAACUUCGAAGUUCGCUGCCUGAACAACCUGCGCUUCCUGGACCUGGAGCGAAACAAGUUCGGCUUCGUAAAGCCCAGCGAUCUGCGGGUGCUCAACGAGCUGGAGAAUCGCCCCAACCGCACGGCCAACCUGAUCGUGGACUUCAACCUGAACCCAUUCGUCUGCGACUGCCGCAUCGCCCCGUUCCGCACGUGGAUACCCAGCACCCGGGUGACGGUGCGCAACAAGGACAGUCUGAUGUGCUUCCACUCGCCGGGCCGCGUGGACUCCUCGCCCGUCCACCUCCUCCAAAUGGACAUGGGUCAGUGUGCGGACGACAUUGCCGCCGCUGCCACCAUCCUGAACACCGCCGAGCAGGAGCAGCGCUACGGGGGCGCCGAGGCGUCUGUCCAGCCGCAGGCCCACAUCAGCGGACACACGGCCACCCUGAUCUUCCUGCUGAUCGUGCUGAGCAUGAUCCUGCUCGGACUGCUGGUGGCGCUCGUCUACGUCAGCCGCGACAAGUUGAAGUACAUGAUCACGCCGGUGUUCGACAAUGUGGCCAAGAAGGUGCAGUACACAUCGAUCAAGGACGAGGACUGCCCGGAGGUGCACGUUUAGAGAUCACAGAACCAUACUUCAUCCACAGGAUCAACACAAAAAGAGAAAGGGAGAGGAUUGAAAGCCCGGUUUUCAAUUAAAAAUCCGAUCAAAAGUUAAUGCCAUUCGAGUUCUAAACAUUUACUCACAUUCACAAGUUCCUGCCCCCUAAAUUUUCUAAGGAUUUUUUAUGGAUUUCUUCAAUAGAAAUUGUACUUUCUGGCUAAAGCAAUAAUUUUAAAAUUAUAAAACUUUGAAACUAAAAAAAAAUUG